AGGGUGUAGGGUGACACUUUCCUUAGAUACGUUAGCAAAAGGGUUUUCAGUUAUAUUUUAAAAGCAAGGUGACAAUGAUUUUAUCUCUGACUUUUAUAUAUACAAGGUUGCAGAAGCCAAAAGGGAGAGAUGUUGAAAGGAAAGGCAAUCAAGAUCGAAGAUCCAUUACCUGAAGAUUUGAUAACUGAGAUUCUAUCAUGGCUGCCGGUGAAAGCUCUACUGCAACUCAAGUGCGUUUGCAAGUCAUGGUAUGCGAUCAUUACAAGCCAAGCUUUCAUAUCCAAGCAUCUUAAUAAUUACUAUGACAACUAUGACGAUAGUGAUACUUUCCUUGCUCAGUAUUUCGUAACGAAAUUAGGAGAACUUGCGUUGUAUGAAUUCUUGGUAGAUGAAACAUCUACAAUUUUAUCAUACGAAGAACUGCGUGAUAGGCCCAUAUAUAAUUCCUUUAUCUGUGGUCCUUGCAAUGGGAUAUUCUACCUGGACCGUUAUUCUUAUAGGGAUCAUCGUGCUCUGUGGAACCCUGCAACCAAUGAACUGAAAACCUUACCUCCACUCAUAAGGAAACCCAAUCUCCCAUCCCUUAGCUUUUAUGCUGGUGUCAAGGAAGUUUUUGGCUUUGGAUUUGAUAGAGUAACUAAAGAUUACAAGGUGAUUGUUAUUAAAAGUUGGAGCAAAACAAAUAGCAAAAUUCGUUAUCCUUUAUCAGUCUUUGUGUACUCAUUAAGUACUGAUUCUUGGAGAUAUUGGGGAGAUUUGCCACAAAAUUACAAGUUAUUGAGCAACAAUAAAUGUUACAUUUGUUUGGAUGGAGUUUGUUACUGGUUGGGAUCAGAUUAUUCUGGUGGGAAAACUUAUGACGAAGCCAUUAUUUCUUUUGAUAUGGCUACUGAUUUGAUCCAAGAUAUGCAGCUACCAGACUAUGACAAGCCAGCCAGGGAAACUGUUCUUUCAGUAUACCAUGACUCCCUUGCUUUGCUUACUGUCCAUGACAUCAAGCAUUUUCUUGAGAUAUGGACAUUGAAGGAGGGAUGUUGGACAAAACAAUUCACUGUUGGGACUAGUUCAUAUGAACGAAUUUCACCAAUUGCACAUUGGAAGAAUAGUAACUUUAUCUUUGAAUGUGGCCCUUGUAAGGAACUAACCUUAUUUGACAUUAUUACCCAAGAAAUAACCUAUCUUGGAUAUAUAAAAGAUAUUCAUUCGUGCGAAGGAAUUUUCGUUUAUCGGGAGAGCCUAGUCUCAUUCAAGGAUAGAAAUGAACACUGGGAAGCUGAAGCGCUAGCACAAUAGACUCGCAUAAAGCUGAAGAAAGCAUCGCAAGGUAUGAAACAGUUUUUUUAUCAGUAGAAUUUAGAGAUUUCAGUUUGAAUAUGUCGUUGACAAAGAGAUGCAGAGUAAUAUACCGUUGAUCCAUGUAACUCAAAAGGAGGAGCAGUCAUUCUCUGUUUCCUCACAUAAUAAUCAAAUAAGAAGUUUCU